AUGGCGAGACUCACUGACGAUGCCGCUGAAGCAGCCUGCCAUGCCAGCAUGCAGGGAGAAAUGUGGGCGGCAUCUGAUGGACCUUCUGCUGAGACUGAUCCGGCCUCUUCACCAUCAUCAACCCCCUGGCUUGAGCCAGGCGACCGAGUUGUUGAGGCCGUCGAACUUGAACCAGAUACUAUGGUCCGUCUAGUGCGUUGCUUUGUUCACCGCGAGAAAAGGGCCGAUAAGCUACUACUCUCACAGGAGCAUAUUCUCGCUUUCGACUUUCUUAUUGCGAAAUAUCCGGAAUGUGUGGCGAUUAAGGACCUGCCUCUUGAAAAUCUCGAGCAGAAGGUAAUUAAUUUUGAUAAGCUUCAUGCGCAAAUGUUAAACCUUUCUUUUCUUGAUUUUAUAUUUAUUACAUGUGAUUUGUGGCUGCCACUCAAUUCUUUGACAAGAUUGUCUAAAAAUAAAUCGUUUUUAAAUAAUAGAAUAGUCUAA